AUUUUUCUCUUCGCUUCAAAUCGACGUCUGUGUGAGGUUGAAUCGCGUCGCGUUUCUAGCAGUUUUUUUCUUUUUGUUUCUUACCAAUUUUCGAAGGAACGAGACACACCAGCUAAAGGCCAUUUCCGUUAGAUCUAAGGAGAGAGCGACGUAUACGGAUAGGUGUUUUCAAGCAAAUUCUCUACGGGAAGCAAAGUCGAUUUCAGUCUCCCUUGGAGUUUUCUCUUAAUCGGAUCGAGGGAGGCACGAACCAUGGUUAUCUAAGCUUGGUGGUGAUCCACGAAGAGUCAUUGUGGGAACAAGAACAGAGUAAAUCAAAUGGACAAGAAAAAGAACCGUGCUGAUCCACUUGCUGCUGGGCGCCACAAGCUUCAACAAUUUCGUCAAAAGAAGGCUGACAAAGGCACUGAUCAGAAAAAGGACUCCAAAGGCAGUACAAGCCAAGGCAAAUCCUCCAAAAAAUCUAAUAAAUCUGAGAAGCAUGAGCGUAAACCUGACACUAGUGCUGUCAGUGACGAGGCACAAGCUCCAUCCCAUGUCAAUGUUGCUGAGGAGGUUGUCGAUUCUCCACAAACUUCUUCACAUACAAAAGCUCACGAAUAUGUUUCAGUCCAUGGUUCAUCAUCAGAACCUGAUAUGCCUCAGCCAGGAAACACCACUUCUGAUGAUGUAUCUGAAGUGAGAAAAGAAGUAGUUAAUUCUGAAAACGAUAUCAGUAUAUCUUUAUCCACUGAAGAAGAGAAUAUGAAGUCUAUCAACGGUGGAGUUGCUGGCACAGUAGGUUCUUUGACAUCUGACCCUGCAGAUUCUGAGAAGGGAGUUACUCAUGACGAUGCAUCUAUUAAUGUUGACGGAAUCUUUACGUCUUCUGGAAACAUAGCGGAGGGGGAAGGAGUUGAAGUUGAAGGUGGGUCUGGAAAUGUGGAAAAGCCGCAUCAGCCAUCCUCUCUCCAUGAAGGCAUUCCUGAUGUUUCCUUGAUUCGUGCAAGGGGAGAUCAGGAAGAAGGUGGUUCACGCAUGGAGCAGUUUUCUGAAUCAUCUGCAAAGGCAGGUGUGGAUAAGAUUGCAACUGAAGAAAGGCAAACAAGCUAUCCAGCUGUUGUGGAUUUAUCUGCUUCUCCUUCACAUUUUUCAGAGGGAUCCUCAGUUGCAUUAGAUUCAGUUGAACUAGAAGGACAAAAUGGUAAUAUUAGAAGCCAACAGAUGAGGGAAGCUGCAGAGCUUAAUGAAGAGAAACCAGAAACAUCUAUUGAUUUUCCUAAUGAUAGAGAUCACGUGCUUUCAGCUGAACCUGAGGAAAGCUCUGUUGCAGAUAUGGCUAGUCAGCUGCAAUUGCCUGAGAGCAUCAGUAUAUCUGGAUUAGUGAGCCAUGAGGAACCUCAAAAAAUCGACACAUUGAAUUUAUCUGGAGAAGUUUCCGUUGCUCAUGUUCAUGAAGGCCGCUCAUUCAGCUUCUUACAGCUUAUUGAUAUUGUUAAAGGACUUGGCCAAGACGAAUAUCAAAUUUUGUGCAACGCAAGAGAGGCUGCUUCCAGUACUGAGCCAGGAACAAGUUCGUUGGAGCGAGUAAGAGAAGAACUGUUUGUUUCGAGUACCAUGGAAGAUUUACUCCACGUGCAACUCACAGAACAGUCUCAUCUGCAAAAGGAGUUUGAUCAUCAACAUAACGAAUUGGUAGCUGAAAUAUCACAGCUUCGUGCAUCAUAUAAUGCAGUGAUAGAGAGAAAUGAUUCUCUUGCGGAGGAACUACUAGAGUGGCAGUCUAAACUCUAUGCUGCUACUAGCUCUACUGAGAACCUUGAAAAUCAGCUUCUUGCUACAGAAGCUCAAGUGGAGGAUUUCACUGCUAAGAUGAAUGACUUGCAGCUUAGCCUAGAAAAGUCCCUGUUGGAUCUAUCUGAGGCGAAAGAAAAGUGCAUUAAUCUUCAGGUGGAGAAUGAUACGUUGGUUGCAAUUAUUUCUUCCGUGAAUGAUGAGAAAAAAGAACUUCUUGAAGAAAAAGAAUCCAAGAACUAUGAGAUUAAGCAUCUUUCAUCUGAGUUAUUGAAUUGCAAGAACCUGGCGGCUAUACUAAAGGCAGAAGUUGAGCAAUUGGAAAACACUAUUGGUCCAUUAACAGAUGAGAAGAUACAUCUUGUGGAGGAAAGAUAUAGUUUAUUGGGUGAGGCAGAGAAGUUACAGGAAGAAUUGGCAAAUUGUAAGACGUUGGUCACCCUGCAAGAGGUGGAAAAUUCAAACAUAAGGGAGACGCUUUCUUUACUGACAGGCCAACAGACUAAGUUUGAAGAGAACAACCUACAUCUCAGAGAAGAAAAUGAGAAAGCACAUCUAGAACUUAGUGCACAUCUGAUCUCGGAGACUUAUUUAUUGUCUGAGUAUUCCAAUCUAAAGGAAGGAUAUUCUUUGUUGAAUAAUAAGCUCUUGAAGUUUCAAGGGGAAAAGGAACAUUUGAUUGAGGAAAAUGAUAAACUUACACAUGAACUUCUUACUCUUCAAGAGCGUACGUCAAUUGUAGAUGAAGAGCGGACUCAUCUAGAAGUUGAGUUAAGAGAAGCAAUAGCGCGCCUUGAUAAAUUGACUGAAGAAAAUACAUCUUUAACUAGCAGCAUCAUGGUAGAAAAAGCUAGAAUGGUAGACAUUGGUAGCGAGGAUGCUUCAGGUUUGAUCAAUCAGGAAAUUUCUGAGAAACUUAGUGGAAGUUCAGAAGUCGUGGUUAGUAAACAGGGUGCAUCUCUUCUUGAAAAUACACAAUAUACAAAUUCGGAAGAGGUAAUGGAAGAUACUUCUGAGUCUGCUUUGAAGAAGAAUCUGGAGAAGGGGGAGAAAAUGGUUCAAAACCUUGAAGAGGCAAUUAAGCAGAUCCUGACCGAUUCUGCGGUGAGUAAAUCUAGCGAUAAAGGUGCCACACCAGCAGUAUCAAAAUUGAUUCAAGCUUUUGAGUCAAAACGGAAACCAGAAGAACAUGAAUCUGAGAACGCACAGUUAACUGAUGAUCCAUCAGAAGCAGAUCAAUUUGUUUCUGUGAAUGUGCAGAUUAGAAAUUUGAGAGGCUUGCUUCAUCAGUUACUGUUGAAUGGUAGGAAGGCUGGUAUACAAUUCAAGCAGUUAAAUGAUGACAGGACAUCAACAAAUCAAAGACUCGAGGAGUUAAAUGUCGAGUUUGCAUCUCAUCAGGAUCACAUUAAUGUUCUGGAGGCAGAUACUAUUGAGAGUAAGAUUUCAUUUGAAGCUCUGAAGCAUUAUUCGUAUGAGUUGCAACAUAAAAACAAUGAACUUGAACUUCUCUGUGAUUCAUUAAAGCUAAGAAAUGAUAAUGUCGGUGUAGAAAACACGGAGCUCAAGAAGAAGCUGAAUUCUUGCUUAUUGAGAAUUAAUGAGCUUGAAAUUCAGCUGGAAAACUUACAGCAGAAUUUAAGUAGCUUUUUGUCCUCAAUGGAAGAACAGUUAGUGGCCUUGCAGGAUGAAUCUGAGAGGGCAAUGAUGCUAGAACAUGAACUGACAUCAUUGAUGUCUGAAUUUGGUGAAGCAGUUGUAAGGCUUGAUGAUUGUUUACUCAGAUCUGGCACUUCUGGAGCUAAUGCUGGCUUAGAUAUGACCAAGCGCAUAUCUGGUUCUGUUGAUGUGGCUGUAAAGGUGAUUGACGACCUGGAGGAAAAACUUGAAGCUGCUUAUGUGAAGCAUGAGUCCACGUCAAAUCAAUAUGAGGAAUUGAAGCAGAGUUUCAAUACUCUGUUUGAGAAGAAUGAAUUUGCAGCUUCUUCAAUGCAGAAGGUCUAUGCCGAUCUGACGAAAUUGAUUACUGAUUCAUGUGGGUCAGUGGAGAUGAGCAAUCUUGAAGUAGAAAAUGUAGCUGUCUCUGAU